AUGGAUUCUGACGCUCCAGUCCCCCGGGAAGCCUACCGCAAGCUCGAUUCCGGCGUCGUUUACGCGGACAUCCGUCAGGGAAGUGGUGCUGAAGUCAAACAAGGUUCGAAGGUCAACUUGCAGUGGAUCUUACGCAAGUCGAACGGCUACUUUGUGGAUUCAUCUGAACGCAACCAGUCUGUGCCCUUCAUAUUUACAGUAGGCGAUGGCAACGCGAUUGCGGGUGUCGACGAGGGUUUACGGGGAAUGAAAGAAGGAGGCGUACGGCGUCUUCUUAUCCCGCCUAGUCUAGCGUACGUCGAGGGGUUGGAGGAUGGCAAGCCAGGUCCUUUGCCCAAU